UGAUAUAUAACGAACAUCAUGGCAAGAACUCCGUGGAAAUGGAAUUAUUUUACGUUAGAAAGUCUAUCUAAAGUAGAGUGUAGUCUUUGUAACAAAGUUUAUCAGCCUAAACUACGCAGAACAGAAGCUCUAAAAAACCAUAUAAUAAAUAAAAAAGAGGAUCCAGACCACGAGGAAGCUUAUCGAGAUUACAUGACUGGAAUUGCAAGCAGGCUGAAAAAAAAUGUUAAAAAAUUUAGCUGGGAUUCGCAUUAUGAAAUAAUAUCUUCAGAUAUAAUUCUCAGACCAAAUGUACAAUGCAAUCAUUGUAAAACUGUUAUACCUGCGCCACGUGAUGGUAAACCAUUACUAGAGGCUCCGGGAGGCCUCAGCGAACAUUUAAAACAUCACCAUAACAUUGAAUUAGAAAAUUGGCAAGCAUUUGAAAAAUGGAUAUAUAUACACGCUAAAAAUUAUAUCCCCAACAUAACCAGUCAAUCAGAAAUUGUGAUUAAAGUACGUAGAUGUGAGAAAUGUGAAACUGAGAUUAAAGCCGAGAACGUUAUUAUGUUCGUAAGGCACUUGAUUGACAAACAUUACCAAGAAAUUCAGCCUCUUCCUGCGGAUAUAAUACCAAAAGAAUUACUACUUGAUUUUGAUCCUGACGAUAAAUUCGGAGACAUUAAAGCAUGCAUUGAGAAUCCUGACGAUAAAUCCGAUGACGUUCGAACAGGCACUAAGGACCCAGCAGAUGACAAUUGGGAAACCAUCGACGUACCAUCAACUAGCACCAUUGCUCAACCACAUUUUAAUCCUAGUCAGUCAGGUCAGUCAGGAAGCAGCCAGCCUAGUCAGUCAAGUCAGUCUAGCCAGUCAGCAGGCACCUCAAAAAAAUCUCCAAGUAAACGUAAAAGAGACAGCUCUCGUCAGACAAAAGAACAUCCUAGUAAACGCAAAAAAGAUAGCUCCACUUAGGCAGAAGAACUUUCAAGUCAAUACAGAAAAUCC